AGUGAAGCAGCUGCAGUCAGAUGAGCUGCAGUUUACAGAUUUUGACACAAACCCUCUAAAACUCGCUCAAAAACAACCCGCCAGUAAUGCGAAGCACGGCAUGGCAGACAGACAGGACAAUGAGGUGGAGGAGGCCGAGCAGGUGUACCUGCUGAUGAAGGAGGAGUACAGGAUAUCACGCAACGUGCGUCUGUCCUGGUUCCUCAGCCGUCUCAAUCAGGUCGUUCGGCCCAGUCCACAGUCUGAGCUGCUGAAGUCAGAGAAUGAGCUGGAUGUUUUGAGCAUCAUCCCGAAAGGAUGGCAGUCCGAUUCUCCUCCCUCGUCCUGCUCGUGUCUGCUGGUUCCCUCCACACGCGUGACUUUCCUGGCUCGCAGGUACCGCUUCAUCAUCGAGCUGGACCUGAGCCCGUCCACCGGGAUCGUGGAUGACAGCACAGGAGAGAUGAUCUUUGACGAAGUCUUCCAUGCUUUGUCUCGGUGCUUAAUUGGUCUGGCAAAACCCUUUAAAGUCCCAGGAACUGAUCACCUGUUCCAGCCAGAGAUCUUCAUCACUAUUCUGGCGUAUUCCUCCAUCAUUGGCCUUAGUUCUCAUCAGGUGUUGGUUCAGGGCUGUCAGCUGGACUGUAUGGAUUUGGAGCAGUUCUUGCAUCAGAUCUAUCAGCAGCUGAGAGCCGUGGAGAGCAGCAUCGCUGACGUCCUACAGCAGCAGCACAAUCAGUUCAAUGGAUCUGUUUAUCAGUCCUUCUCCAAUGAGGCUGUGGAGGAACCGUCUCCGAGGAAGCCGGGGGUUUCAAUGGUGACGGCAGAUGUGGGGCUGGUCAGCAUGGUGAGGCAGGGGAUUCUGGCACUGCAACUUCUGCCUCCAAACUCUGGUGCAGGUAUAAUAAUCAUCACAGAUGGAGUGACGAGCGUUCCUGAUGUAGCUGUGUGUGAGACUCUGCUGAACCAGCUGAGAAGUGGAACCAUCGCCUGUUCCUUUGUUCAAGUGGGCGGCGCAUACUCCUACGACUGUAGUUUUGGCUACAUCCCCAACGUGGAGCUGAUGAAGUUCAUCUCCAUGGCAACCUUUGGCUCCUAUCUGUCCAUGUGUCCCGAGUCCGACUCGACCGGCGACGAGAUGAACGCUUACCACCGCUCCUUCCUCACAUACUCCUUCCUGAGGACCGGCGAGUCCAUGAACCCGGAGUACUACUGCUUCUCCCAGCACAGGCUCUUUAAUGAACACCUGGUGUCGGCCAGUGGAAACCCCGCCUUAGUGAUGCGGAGGAAGAAACACACCGAGAAGGAAGUGCACGCUGAUUUGAUCAGUGUGUUGUCUAUCAGACUGAGAGAGGGAUACACCAUCCGAGAGAUUAACAUCACUAAAGGAGGGAGUCAGUUGGAGUUGAAGCUUGUCCUCCUCUGGAAGCAUAACAUGCGCAUCGAGUACCUUGCCGUGGCGUCCUGGCCCCUGGAUCCAAUCAAACGCACCACCUGGGUGGAGGUGACCAUGGAGGGCAGUUAUGAUAUCCUCCAUGACAUCAGCUGCACCAUGCGGAAACCAAUCACAAGCCCCUACCGGACAUCUGUCAUCCGUCGCUUCUGGAACACUCUGCAGAGCAUAAAUCAGACGGACCAGAUGUUAGUGCACCUGCAGUCCUUUAAUUCUAUCCCAGAACAUUACACCAUCCCAGAAAGCACAAAAAAUGGUGUUCCUCUGUUUUACAUCCCACCUGGAUCGACCACGCCGGUCCUUUCCCUCCAGCACAGUGGCUCUAAAGACUCCAGCCAAUCGCAGUUUGCCUCUUACUGGAAGCCAAUCCUGUCCAUGGACGCUAACUUCUGGCAGCGCUGGCUGCACAUGCAUCGCAUCGCUAUCAUUCUGGAACAUGACAUCCCAGUCCCGAAGCAUGUGCACAACGCUGGCAGUAAUGGCCGAUUCAGUACCGUCCAGUGUCGGAUCUCUCACUCGGCGCUCACCUCGCUGCUCAGGGACUGGAGCAGUUUCGUCCUGGUGGAGGGAUACUCAUACGUCAAACUUAUUUACAGUGCCUCUGAGUUGCCGCCCGUCUCCUUCUAUCUGGUGCGUCUGAUCUCUAAAGCUCCCUGCAUGGUGCUGCGAUUGGGCUUCCCGAUAGGAACUCUUGCACACACCAGGAACAAGAUCGUGGAUGAACUUCGAGAGCAGAUCCUGCGGCUGCGCUUCCCUCAUCGAGUCCAGAAUAAGGAGGCCACACCAAAGACCAAACGGAAGAUUCUGGGUAACGCUUCACCCUCCAAGUCUCCGCCUCUUCCGGUGCCCAAACCGGCGCUCUCUGACCGGCCGUGUGUGGUGGUGCUCAACAAACCUCUUGAGAAACUACUGAUCAGGUACGAGAAACUUCCGUCAGAUUUCCACACCCCUUUUAUCCUAAACAUGGAGCCGUUCGCCCAGCCGGCCAUCAUGGGCGCCCCUCUCAGCAUGGCUGCCAGCAGGACGGCCUCCUCCACCGUGGCGUCACUCUCCCGAUACUUCCUUCACCAGCGCUGGGUUUGGGCCGUGCAGAACGGGCCGGGAACCGCUGUAUCGCUGCAUGCAGUCGCUCAUAUCCUCUCCAUGCUCUCUGAUAUUCGUCUGUCUGAAGGCUUCCAUUUUGCUGCCAGCGGGGAGGGUAUCGUUAACAUGGUGACAGAGCUGCCAAUGCAGAGUCUUCCAGCUGAUUUGGACGGAGAAAAACACUCCUGCUUAGUCCAGUACAUCCUAUUUCCACCUCAUUACACUUCUACCAAGGACAGUUUCUCCACAGAUGAUGACAAUGAUACUGAAGUGGAGGCCAUAGAUGUGGACACAGAGCUGAGUCUGGUGACUGAGUGCUGGGUUGAGCCUCAGAGUGGAUCCAUCUGCAGUUCACAGGACCAGCAGAGGCACUUUCACAACCUCACGUACCAGGAGAUUCCUCAGGCUAUUUUUCCCUGUGAUCUGUCGUGCAUGACCACAAUGAUCACUUUUGAAUACCUCAUUCAGCUGUGUCAGAAUAAAGAGCAGGUGUGCCCUCUCAACAGCCUCAAAGAUGCUCCAGGCGAGGUCCCCGCCGCCGCUGACGACUGCAUACACACUGUGCCUUUCCAGUUUGACCUGAUGAAACUCUUGCCCAAGUGCCAGCAGAUAGAGCUCUUCUUCUACACCUUUAGCCGAGAGGGGCAGGCGGAUGUAUCCCAUAGUGCCUCCUCUUUGCCCAACGACCUCCUCCUCAGCCUCUUCCACGGCUCUCUGCAGAACGAGCUCAGUGAUCGAGAGAUCCCACUGACCGACGAGGAUCAUGUGGCGUUCAUGCAUCACAUCCUGGAGCGGGAGAGAGAUGGUCAUGUGGCUCCAUUCUCACUACCUGUCAUUAAAGAAGAGAGUUUGAAGCCUCCGGAGAGGCAGGACACUGUUCUUUCUUUCCACACUAUAGGAAGCAGUAAAGAUGUGACGGGCUCCUCCAGCACACUACAGAGUUUCAGCAAUGCAGAUCUUGUGGAUGACGAGCCAGCUGGCCUGGAGCAAGACGGCUUAUCUCCUCACUGGAAAUGUUACGCCAAAUACAUCAGCCAUCAGCAGAUCCUGCUCACAUUCCUGCCAGCUACAUUUACAGAUGUGCAGCUUUUGAUGUCAUCUGGGCUGGAAACUGAACCUCCAAUCAACAGCAGCUUCCUGGAAGAGGAUGAGACCUGUAGCCACGGCAACGGCCAAUCACAGGCAGACUCUAUCAGCAGUUCAGCCAAUGGAAAACAUGGAGAAGAUGUCAGGGGCCACCCUGCGUCCAGAGAGGGGUCCACAGCUAAACCAGAAGCAGCGUUGGAGACGUCUACAGAACAAACAGAUGCAGCUUCAGAAGAGAAGGAUGGUGUGCAGUUUAUGGAGCCUCAAAAGCGAGACUGUCACAUCACGUUCAGCAGACAGGUGUCUCAGCAGAGCGGCACCGACGCCACUCGACCUCGCUGCCCCAUCUACAUCUACAACUGCUCACUGGACUCCCUCAAAGAACAGCUGGUCCAUCCGCGGUCGGGACGGAAGCCCAGAGACGUCUUCUUCAGGUCAAUCUCUCAGGAGCGCAGCAGCGCCUCCUCCUGGACUGAGCUCAUGACGCACCCUCACAAACACAAGGAACUGGCCAACUACUGCAGCCUUCUACAGGAACACUACUACCAGAGCUAUGUCAAAGGUGUUUACCGCAGUCUGCAGCAGGCGUACAAUGUGAGCUCGCAGGACGUUCUGACGGCCAUGGAUUACUGCGAGGAGUCGCUGCAGGAGAUCGACAUCACUUCCUUCCUGCAGACCCUGUGCGGACACGUACGUGUUUUCCGUGAACGUCACGAGCUGACCUGCAAGUCCAGUAGCAGUCCCACCACCUUCAUCAUUGGCGAGGGAGAGGAUGAUGGAGCUGACAGAGCCACACUGGUAUCUUCAUCCAGUAUUGAACUGGAGGACGGGAGCGAAGCUGAUUCCAGAGGAAAACUCUCUGUCCCCUCCUCCCCGCUGGACCUGGAUGAACCGAAGUCUCAGAGAAUCCCAGAAUUCCCUCUGUCUCUUCUCCAGUCCCAGCAGAAGUGUGAAGUGUAUCUUGAUUUGCAUAAAAUCAUACAGGAGAAGUUCAUGGAAAUUGGUGCUCAGUAUUUCAAGACUGUACCGUCCAACCCACAUUAUUUCUUUUACUGCCUUCCAUCUUCCAAAAAAGAGGAGGACUCGGACAGGGAAGGAGAGCGGAGACCCAGUGAAGAGUGCGAGGUGUCUGAAGCUGAACUGGCUACAGAAGACGAGAACGUGUCCGGCUGCUGCAUCGUGACGGAGAGUGACACGGAUCUGGAGGUGGAGUAUCAGGAAUGUGGGAAUGGCAAAGCGGAGGCUGGAGAAGAGGAAGGAAGUGAAGGCGUAUCUCCAUCUGACUCCAACACAGUCAACCAGGACGAUGAUUCCUUCAGUAUUCUGGACGGAGACUCUCUGCUGGAGGCUGAUGGUCCGCAGCCGGAGAUGCCGCCUCUGUUUGUACACCUCACCUGCUCCGUCAACAUGAAGAGCUGCCAUGGCUCAAUGCCCACGCAAACGCUGCCAACCUGUCUGGGUGAAGUCAUAACCUGUCUUGAAAACGCUGAGAAUCUUCAGUCGGUGGAUCUGAACGAGUUGUCAGUCACUCUUGAUAUCUUUGUGCUCACGUUACCUCUGGAGAUCGAGGUCAUGGCCCCUGACUUCCGCCACAACCGGUACACGUCUGAGAGCAGUGUGUCUCUGAACCGCUCCCCUGGACAGCCCUCAUCAUAUCGCUCUGAAGAGGAGCUCAUGGGGAACCUGGACGGCCUGCGUGGGGUUGGUGUGGAAAGUAUGUCUGGAGAUCCCCUGUCCAAACUUCCUAUUCCACACAAAAUGGCUGUUUUAGCCACCAUGGAUGAGAUCCGUUGGCUCUUGGAGGAUGAGAUCGUCUCUGCUCUACGGCACUCUUCUGUCAUCAAUUCCUCCACCCUGCAGAAAGUUUCCGAGCACGUGUGUCGUUCCAGCGGCCGCCCGCAGUGCCACUGUGAGGUCGUUCCCCUGCAGUUCGUAUUUGGUCCCGAGCAGUCACUGGAAAAGUUUCAAGAGGAGUUCAAGAGGUUAUCGUUUCCCGGUUACCUGCUAAAUGCAGAGCAAUACAACUUCCACUACAUCUCACUGAGUCGGCAGCAGUCUCACCGGCUCCAGGCUGCAAGACAGCUGUCUAACACCACUGCUCAGUACUCAACGGGUACAGAAACCACAUCCAAGCAAGACAGCCUGUGUCCUGAGGUGGAGGAUGGUGCCAAAGCAUCAGCAAACAUCUCUACAUCGGACAAAGAAGGAGAGCAAAAGAAAAAGGAGCUGGACGCUGAGCAGGUCGAGUGUGGGGGACAUGACAGGGAAAUUCGGCCUUCAGCAGCCGCUGACUCAGCCAGCGAGUCGCUCUCCGAGACCUCUGACCCCGGGCAGGUCAAACAGGGCGAUGCCGAGGAGACUCGACCUCAGACUGCUCACCUGCAGACCGGCAGCAGCACCGAACGCUCCUCUGAUCACAUGUCCCCUCCCAAAACACCCUCCGCUGCCAGCCUGGCCGAGUCCGUGCAGUCGGCCACACACAGCAGUGGGAAACUGCGGCCCAGUCGAGUUCAGAGCGUCGUCUCCAGUCAGGGAAGCCUGGACUCAGACAUGCUAGGUUAUGAUGGCGGCAGCAGUGAUUCUGAGUGUGAAGGACCCACUAUGAAUGAGCAGGAGAGACAGAUGCCGCUCAUGCCUGAUUUCUGGCUCAUCAUCAGAAUUCAUCAGGACAGAGUGGAGGUUUUCUCCCACGCCAGGAGUUUUAACAGAGCGGAAGAGGAAGAGAUUCCAGAAUACCUGCGUCUUCAUCAGCUGGUGGUGAGGAGGAUUGGGGAAAUGUGCCGAAUAGUCAACCAGCGCCUCCUACUACAAGACCUGCAUGAUAGUCACGUGUGCCAUUCUCUGCUGGUUGCUGAGAGUGAAGAGGACAUCUGGAAGCACGAGUCGCUUUACCGGCCCAGGAUGACCAACUCUGAUGACUACAGCGCCGAUGAGAGCUAUCAGCCGCGGGACUACCUCGCCGCCACGAUGCAGUUCAUACAUGGAUACUUCGCCUGUGACGUGGUCUGGAGGACCGUUAUUUAUAUUCACCCACGGCUCAAAAUGGGGCCCAACAUGGGCGUGUCCCGGGCUAUCCAUGCUCUGCGCUCCGUUCUAAACGCCUUUUGUGUGGUCAACCGCAAAAACAUGUUUGUCUAUCAGGAGCGAACAACCAAAUCUGUGUUCUACCUCCGACUCUCAGAGACAUCUCAGGCAGGGAAGUACAGUGAUUUGGAUGGAAACAUGCACACACGCUCUGUCGGCCUGGCCCGCAGCCAAGAGCCGCUGGGCUCCGAGGACCUCACGGGAUCACGCUCGUCUCUGGAAGGCUCAAGGCCGGUUGGACUGGUGGACAAACACAUUUUGCUGCUGGUGCAUGGCGUGGGGACUGCAGGUCCAGAGAUCACUGAUGAAUUAGUGAAGGUAUUGAGGAAGCGUCUGGACGAGGCCACGCUGGACAUUAUUACAGUCAUGCUGGUCAGGAACUGUAAACUGACGCCUGCAGAUGUGGAGUUCAUUCAGCCUCCCGGCUCUCCGGCGACGGAAGUGAUGGAGUUCUGUCUGCCUCAGUACUGUGUGCCGUGGAUCCAGGCCGUGGCUCACUACCUCCGCCAGAACCUCCUCAUCUUCCUCCACAUCCCCAAAUACACCGACAGCAACAUCGAGCAUCACUUCAAGCAUUACUUCCAUUUGAGCAGCGAGCUGCCGGAUCAUGACAUCUAUCUGUACAAUAAACCUGGAGGCCAAGGAACAGGAGGCAAAGGUACAAUGUCAGACCUUGUUCAGAAUCUCUUCCCAACCUCUCAGUUUCAAGGUAUCGCCUGCAUCGCGCUGUCAUUCGUGGACGCUAACGACUGCGUGCUGCAGGUUCCCGCUCAGGACGGCAGCGGACCGGCACUUAGAGCUGACGUUUCCACCAUCUCCCUCCAGCCAGACCAGUUUGAGGCCUUGACGACGGUUGUUAAGGUGGACUCUCUCAGCCAGAGCUCAGGAGCAACUGUGCGUGUGCGCUUCGACGUGUGGGAGCAGGGUAAUGUCAGCCCGCUGCAGCUGACGGACAGGCUGAGGGCCGCCCUACGUCACGCCCUCGGUGACGUCAUCAUGGAGAUGCGCGUGCUGCCCAACCCGUUAUGUCUGGACACAUUCUGUCUGCCUGCUGCCGCCCAACGGGAUGAAAGCACAGUUCCCUUGAGUCUUCUGCAGUGCGACAGUAAAGAGGUGAAGGAGAGUCAUCGGCGGCCCAGUGGAGCCCACGGGCUCAGAACCAGCCCCUCUCCCAUCACCCUAAUAUCUGCCCCCAGUUCCACCCCGAACACCGGAGCCAGCACACCCGAGUCCACCACGCCCACGGGCAAAAGCACCCGCCGCAGCUUCUGGGAAAUGCUGAGUAAACCAGAAACUUCUGAACUUGGCAGUCCAAAGACAACGGAUGACAUCAUACCGGAGCGUGCCGAGGACAGUCGCAUGGGCAGACGGAGACACAAGACGGAGAGUGUCAAACAGCAGUGGAACCAUGAGAAAGCCAUGGCAGUCGAACAAGAGCAGGCCCAGAGGAGACAUGCAGUCCAGCUGGAGGAAGGUGAUACUGGCACUCUUCAAACCGUCUACCAGACCACGUACCUGCCCUGGGUCACCUUCAUGAACAAACUGGGCUGUCCGUCCAUCCAGCAUUGCUCGACUGAAGUCUCGCAUCAUUUCCUCCUGCCUUCCAUCCUCUCAGAAAUUGUCAAUCUUGUCAGCUCUCUGGCCAGUGACACCAUAGUCAAAGUGUUCGAAAGAACCAGCUGUCCUCAGGGAGAUAUCUAUGUCCCCCUGUCAAUCAUCCAGCACAUCAGCCAACCACCUGCCACCUCCAGGAGCUUCAUUCUCAUUGGUCGCAACUUCAGCCAAUGGCAUUGCAGUACAGAACAAGAAGACAGUUCAGAUGAAGAGAACAGUCCAGUACUAAAUAGGUGCUCACCUCAUAAGGGUCUGCAGCGGUUCGAGUCCUUGGAGCACAGUGAUUGGCUGAGCCCGGGACAGGCUGUGAGGGGCGUGGCUCCACGCCAGCGCUUCCUGUAUAUACACAUCGUCAAUAAGAAGGUGACUCUGUACGCGUAUAACUGGUCGGUGGAUCUGGGCGGCUCUCUGAAUCAAGGUCUGGUCAGACUGGUGCACUGGCAGAACGCCCGCGCACAUGUGGUCAACUGCCUCCUGAGUCAGAAAAUGGGUCUCUUCCAUCAUUACUGCUUCUCUGAUACACCUACACAUGAGGAUCUGAAACAGGAGCCCAACCCCUUCCUGAGCUCCACGAUCGAGGCGGAUGCUCUGUUGAGGAGUCCGGUUCCUCCGGCCGCGAGUAAAGAUCAGGGCCGUUUGGGCAGCUCUGCGCGUGUUCUUCCUCCUCUGGCCUUCCCCGGAGAGCUCGUGCCCUUUGAUGAAGCUCUGAGAGACGUGAACACAGGGAGACCGCUGACCAAUCAGGACGGAGCAGAUAUAGUCGCUCGCCACGGAGCCCAUCUUCUGGAAGUCAAAGCAGCUGAACGCAGAGAGUUGGAGAGACAAAUGAAGAUUGAGAAUUUGUUUGUGACGUGGCAGCAGCGGUCAGCUCAAUCUAACAUGCCCAUCUCUGUCGCGGAUCUGGACACACUGAAGCAGUCCUCUCGACUGGUCCAUUACUGUGCCACUCCGCUGCUCUUCGACCCCGUGUUCCGGAAACAGAUUCAAGAGGAACAGGUUCCACAGCCACAGAUGAAGAAGCGGCAUCGCUCCAGCGACUCCACGGCAUCCGGCAGGGAUCGCAGCUACAGCACGGACUCGGCAGACAUGCUUCCGAGUCGCCUGAAGGAGGAGCCGUGGCUGCAGGAGAUCUCCAGCACGUUCCUCCAGCAGUAUGUGCAGUAUCUGCAGAGCAUGGGCUUCAUCCUGGUGCAGGUCCGACCGCAGUCGCCCGCACGCAGCAUCGCUCGAGCCCGAGCCGCCAUGUUGAGUUCUUUAUCCACUGAAGGCAGAUCUUCCUUCUCAUCUUUCUCAUAUAAUAAGCAGAAGAGUGAAGACAGCCCAAAGAGCAGUGCAUCGAGCUCGACGUCAUAUCACCUGCAAAGAGCGCUGCCGGGAGGCAUCGUACUGAUGGAACUGGCUUUUCAAGGCUGUUACUUCUGCGUGAAGCAGUUUGCAUUAGAGUGCUCAAGGAUUCCCAUGGGUCAGACGGUUAAUUCUCAGGGCUCACUUCUCAACAAACCUCCUAGCAAGCCGUUCCCCGAGACGCCCACGGUCUCUGACUCUGCGCUGUCCAUGCUGUUCACCGAGGAGUGCGAUAAGGUCCGGGAUUUGAUGCACGUUCACUCGUUCAGCUACGACUUCCACCUGCGUGUGGUGCAUCAGUACCUCGUGGGUUGUCACAUGACCCUUCGUCAGGGAUACCAGCUCACUAGCUUUCUGGAGGACUUCAUCGCCCAUCACCCUGACAUACCCAAGUUUGGACGCAACCACGUCUUCCAGGGGAGUUUCUCCAUAUCAACGGGGAUGAUAACCGCAUAUCAGCUGUAUAAUUACAUCACUGAUCACGCUGGGACUUAUGGGAUGAAGCCCUUGCGCAUGUCUAAGGCUGCAGUUACAACUGAUAACAAAAAGGGGGCGCCGAGCACAGACCUGCAUGAGUAUGCGCUGGUCGCUCUGUGGAACAGCUCUGGCUCAUUUAAAGACCUGGAGGGAUUACGACACCAUGAUGACUUUGAUGUGUCGCUGCUGGUGUGUCAUAACGCCGCCCCGUUUGAGGAGCAGUCUGAAGGAGAGCGACACCUGCUCAGGCUUCGUUUCUACGUGAUCAUGACCAGUCAAAGAGAGCUGUUCCCACGUUUGACUGCAGACAUGCGUCGAUUUAAGAAGCUUCCUCAGAUCCACCGUGACCCCGGUGACCUCAGUGGCCGUGCGGAGCGAAUGGAGACCCGGGACCCUGACCUGGACCUGUGGGAGGAGACCAGCACCCCCAUCAGCCCUGCAGCCAGCCCUGAGUCAGAGCACAUGGAGAACCUCCUGCACGCGGGUCAGGCCGGGCUCGGAGACACCGACGACUCUCAGGGGCUCUUCUUCAUGUCCCCUCUCUUCCCCCUGCUCAACUCUGAGGUGAUGUCUGCGCGCCGGCAGAUUCAGAGCAGCGUGGAGCAGGCCAUGGGCCACUGCCGGAGGGAUAACCUCUGGAGGAGGCUCUUUCACGGAGAGCACUUGGCCCUGGAUAAACUCAAACUCAGCAAACUGGCCUUCGGUGAACUGGAGGAGCUACUGGACGCUGUGCAAAGCAGAUCUGUCGCUGAGAUCGACCCACAGCUGGACUGUUUCCUGAAUAUGAGUCCCGCCUGGUACCAGAGUCUCAUCAAAGUUCUGCUGUCACGCUUCUCACAAAACUGCAGACACUUUAAAGACGACAGUGGCAUUCAGUACCUGGCUGUCCUGAACCAGAAGUUCACUGACUGUUUUGUGCUCGUCUUUCUGGACACACAGGCAGGAAAAACUAGUCUGAAGGUUGUGUUCAGAGAGCCGCUGCCCGCUCAGAGUCAGCCGAGCAGCAGUCCUCCACCACAGCUGGUCUCCAUGUACCACCAUCUGGAGUCGGUCAUCAACACCGCGUGCUUCAACCUCUGGACAGGCCUGCUGUGAGCGUGUGUUUCUUUCAGUCUCAGAUUCAGCAUUGAGACACACACUCAAUGCAUCUCGUGUGUGUAUGCGUGCUGCGUCGAACAGGUUGCAUCCAUCUAAGCAAUUAAAUUGCCAUCAUUUUGCACAGGAU